CCGUGGGAUUGUCCUCAACAGAAGACUUUUGGUGGACAAGUACAGCAUAUUUUCUCUGCCUAAUUGUAUCUUGAGUACCACUACAGCCUCCUCUGUUCUAUAGUGCAUUAUUUCUACUUAUCAGCAUAUCGUGAAACUGUCGUCUUCUCCGCACUCGCUGCGUCAUAACAGUUCAGUUCAACCCCGCAUGACAAAAUAAACGUGCAAACCACCAUCAUCAGAUGCCCCCGCUCCCCCGGCUGUUACCCCAGAUUCAACCAAAGGCACCCCCACCUACCGCUUCAGCUCGUUUACCACAGGGAACCCUCGGCCCAACUCCCUCCUCAUACUUGAUCUCUUUCACUCCUCAUAUUUGAUCUUCUUCUUUUUUUUCCUUCCUUGCUCCAAUCCUCUCUGUAUCCCCUCCUCACACAUCACAAUGGCUCUCAACUUGACAUCCUCCCGCAGGGCUCUUGGCUCCCUUAAGCCCCUCACCCGUGCCGCUUUCUCAGGUGUCCGCGGCUAUGCCACCGCAGAGCCUGAUCUCAAGGCCACUCUCCGCGAGGCCAUCCCCGCCAAGCGUGAGCUUCUCAAGAAGGUCAAGGCCCACUCCAACAAGGUCCUCGGCGAGGUCAAGGUCGAGAACACCCUCGGCGGCAUGCGCGGUCUCAAGGCCAUGGUCUGGGAGGGUUCAGUCCUCGACGCCAACGAGGGCAUUCGCUUCCACGGCCGCACCAUCAAGGAUUGCCAAAAGGAGCUUCCCAAGGGAAAGACAGGAACUGAGAUGCUCCCCGAAGCUAUGUUCUGGCUCCUCCUCACCGGCCAAGUUCCCUCCGUGAACCAAGUCCGCACAUUCUCUCGGGAACUCGCAGAGAAGGCGCAGAUUCCAGAGUUCAUCUCAAAGAUGCUCGAUGACUUCCCCAAGGAUCUUCAUCCCAUGACGCAGUUCGCCAUGGCUGUUUCUGCGCUCAACUACGAGUCCAAGUUCGCCAAGGCUUAUGAGCAGGGCCUUAACAAGGCUGAUUACUGGGAGCCUACCUUUGACGAUUGUAUUUCGUUGCUUGCUAAGCUUCCUACCAUUGCUGCCAAGAUCUACCAGAAUGCUUACCGUGGUGGUGGUGCUCUGCCAGCUGAGGUCGAUCUUGAGCAGGAUUGGUCGUACAACUUUGCUGCUAUGCUUGGAAAGGGCGGAAAGGAGAACGAGAACUUUCAAGAUCUUCUGAGACUUUACCUUGCUCUUCACGGUGAUCAUGAGGGUGGUAAUGUCUCUGCUCACGCCACUCACUUGGUUGGAAGUGCCCUGUCGGAUCCUUUCCUGUCUUACAGUGCUGGUCUCCAGGGUCUCGCUGGUCCUCUUCACGGUCUCGCCGCCCAGGAGGUUCUCCGAUGGAUCAUCCAGAUGAAGGAAGCCAUCCCCGCCAACUACACCGAGCAAGACGUCAACGACUAUCUCUGGUCCACCCUCAACUCAGGCCGCGUCGUCCCCGGCUACGGCCACGCCGUCCUGCGCAAGCCCGACCCCCGCUUCGAGGCCCUCAUGGACUACGCCGCCGCGCGUCCCGAGAUCGCCAACGACCCCGUCUUCCAGCUCGUCGAGAAGAACAGCCGCAUCGCCCCCGAGGUCCUCAAGAAGCACGGCAAGACCAAGAACCCCUACCCCAACGUCGACAGCUCCUCCGGAGUCCUGUUCCACCACUAUGGCUUCCACGAGACGCUGUACUACACUGCUACAUUUGGUGUUUCUCGUGGUCUUGGACCUCUGGCUCAGUUGAUCUGGGACCGAGCUCUGGGUCUGCCUAUCGAGAGACCUAAGAGCAUUAACCUCGAGGGCAUUCUUAAGCAGGUUGAGGGUCAAUAAAAAGAAAGAUACCCAAAGAAAAAGGUGGAAUGAUCAUAUAAGGUCUUUUGAAUGUAUAUAGCGUCGUGACAGAGUAGCCUAUGAUUGACGAUUUGUUUGACCAACUCUUUUCUCCCACGGUUGUGACGUUUGUGUGAAUCGCAUGUCUCAUUAGUCUAAUCCUCACUAUCCUCUUCACUGUUCUAGUCUAUGGUCCUCCAAUAUUCUGUCUAUGCCAACACCUUCUCCAAAUGAUCAAAGUACAAAUCAUCCCUCAACGCCUUACCAUUAACAAGCCCCUCGUACGGGAAAGGACUCGUCUCCCCUGUCUUUACAUAUCCCCUUCUAACAUACCACUCAAUCAAUUCCUUUCUCGUCCAAAUAACCCACAUGGUCAUGAUUUUGGUUCCCCAAUUCCUAACCGCAUAAUUCUCCGCAUACCCAAGCACCUGCUUUCCAAUACCACCAGCUUGCAGUUUCGGCGAUACAGCGAAGAGGCCGAAGUAAGCACGCUCUGUGUCUUUUUGAACAACUUCGCAGCAUGCGACAAGACGGGGAUCGCUGUCGCCUUCUGGCGUUGAUGUUCCUGAUGAUGAGGGGGAGCUUAUGAAAGCCAGGAUGACGGCGCCGUUGGGAUCGGUGAUUUUGGCGAGGAGAUCAGUGGAGGAUAUGCGCUCGUCUGCGAGGAGGUCGGCUUCUGUUGUCCAGCCUGCGCGGGAGUCGGGGCCGCGGUAGGCGGAGAUUAUGAGGGCGAGGAGAGGGGUUACGUCUUGUGGUGUUGCGGGGCGGAAUGUGAGAGACAUUGUGAGCGAGUGAGAGUGAGAGUUGCGAAUAGCUUCAGUUGAGGUGAGAUGAGCUGUUGUCGCUCGUUCGCAGCCUUGAGAGAAAAGGACACUUCAGUUGAGAUAAAGAGUAUGGCUAAUGAGGCGACAGUGGACGAAGAAUGUUUGCUUGCUUCAAUUGAGGGCUAGAAGAGGUGUAUGAGGUUGAGAGAAGAAGUUGUCCGAGACCAACUGGGCUUCUCGAAAUAUUUAAAAUAUUUAGCUCCGAUACAGGAGGACCCUUUUCUGUCACAAUCUUUAAUUGUAUCGGCAGUUUGCGACAGUCUCUGUCGCACACGCCCUAGAAACGACUCAAUUGACAUUUUGCCAUCCAACGUCAAGCCAUGCAUCGUUUAACUUUGACAAAACGGGAGUCCAUGUGGAUCAAUUCCCACCAU